CCCCGCCCCCUACCGGCCCCCGUCCCGCCCUCUUUCCGGGACCUCGAGGCCUGUGGCCAGCGGACCCCCAGCGCUGCUGGAGAGACCCCGGAUGAGUCCGAGGUCCUGGGUAGCUAGGAGAGGCCGGAGGAGACCUGGGCCGCAGGGGUUAGCCGCAGAGGGUGGCGGAGCCAGCCCUGCACGCGCCGGGCGGAAAAAGGGAGGGAGAUAGAGUUAAGGGAGGGAGCGCGGAGUAAGUGAGCUUGGGUCCGACUCAGGGAGGGGACUGGUGGGCCAGGCCCCCAAGACGGCGUUACACCCGGUCUGAAGAAGACAGGCGGACACAUGGCCUCGCCAUUCCUGCCUUCGGGGGCUACCACGGGCGACAGCGGCGGAGAGCUGAGCUCGGGGGACGACUCCGGGGAUGCGGAAUCCCUCCAGAGCCCCGAGACCGAGGCGUCCAGGAGCCUGACCGAGCUGUUUGAGAAGGCGGCCGCGCACCUCCAAGGCCUGGUUCAGGUGGCCAGCAGGGAGCAGCUCUUGUACCUGUAUGCCAGGUACAAGCAGGUCAAAGUUGGAAAUUGCAAUACUCCUAAACCAAGCUUCUUUGACUUCGAAGGAAAGCAAAAAUGGGAAGCAUGGAAAGCACUUGGUGAUUCAAGCCCCAGCCAAGCAAUGCAGGAGUAUAUCGCCGUAGUUAAAAAAUUAGAUCCAGAUUGGAAUCCUCAGUUACCAGAGAAGAAAGGAAAAGAAACGAAUACUGGUUUUGGCGGGCCCGUUGUUAGUUCUCUGUAUCACGAGGAAAUCAUCAGGGAAGAAGACAAAAACAUAUUUGAUUACUGCAGGGAAAACAACAUUGACCAUAUAACCAAAGUCAUCAAAUCGAAAAAUGUGGAUGUGAAUAUGAAAGAUGAAGAGGGCAGAGCUCUACUCCAUUGGGCUUGUGAUCGAGGACAUAAGGAUCUAGUCACAGUCUUGCUGCAAUAUAGAGCUGAUAUUAACUCUCAGCGUGGAACCAUCUACUAUCUUGUCCUGCAACAUUUCAUCACCUCAGAAGGACGCUUUGUACCCAUUAAGCAAUCACUCCCUAUUUCCCCCUUUCCCCAGACUUUGGCAACUACCGAUCUGCUUUCUGUUUCAGUGGAUUUGCCUAUUCUGGAUAUUUUAUAUAAAUGGGGUCAUAAAAUCUGUGGCCUUUGUGUCUGGCUUCUUUCACUUGGCAUAUUUUCAAGGAGUAUCCAUUUUGUAGCCUGUAAGAGUACUUCUUUCCUUGUUAUGGCUAAUUUCCCUUGUAUAGAUCACCUUUUUAUCAGUUCAUAAGUUGAUGAGCAGUUGAGUUGUUUUCACCCUUUGGCAAUUUUGAAUGAUUACUAUUAACAGUUUGUGUCCAUGUUUUUGUUUAAACAUUUGUUUUCGGUUCUUUGGUUAUGUACCCAGGAGGAGAAUUUAAGUUUAUGGUAAUUUGACGUUUAGCUUUUAGGGAUCAACCUCCAAACUGUUUUCCGUAGGAGCUACACCAUUUUACUUUCUCACCAGUAAUGCACGGGUUUCUUCACCAGCACUUACUGUUUUCCUUUUUAGUAGCCAUCCUGGUAGGCAUGAAGUGAUAACCUCAUCACGGUGUGAUUUUGAUUUGCGUUUCCCUGAUGACUAAUGAUGUUGAGCAUCUUUUCAUGUGUUUGUUGACUAUCUGUGUAUAUUCUUUGGAAAAAUGUCUAUUCAAGUGUUUUCCCCCUUUUUACACGAAAUUGGCUUUUACAUUUAAGAUGUAAAAUUCUUUAUAUAUAUUCUGGGCAUUAGACCAUCAUCAGAUAUAUGAUUUGCAAAUAUCUUCUUCCUUUCUGAGGACUGUCUUCUCACUUUUUGGUAGUGUCCUUUGGUGCACAUAAAGUUUUUGAUUUUGAUGAAGUCCAGUA